AUCCAAACUUACUUUCUCAAAAACAAGGCAACAUCACGUGAAACCAUUUAACCCAAGAGAAGUAUAUUUUUAGUCUCCCAAUUAACAUAAACUACGACUGUCUGUCACCUCAUUUAUCAGCCAGAUUCCUUCAGCUUCUUUUUAACGGAAAAAUGUCAACUCUUUUCUCAAGGUGUUUUUAGGGGGAAGUAGUAAUUACAGAGAUCGAUUAAUGGUGAGAUAGAUGAUGAUAACUCGAGAUAUAUCUUCUUUGUUUUGCACCAUUUUCAUUUCUACUUCUUUUGCUCUCUUUUAUUCCAUCACCACCACCAACUUUCUCUUCUCUUACAUUGAUACAGUAGUCACUAGCCAUGCCACUUCCGUGCAUUUUCACCGUGUCUUCACUCCGGCAACCACCAUCAACGACGACAAUACAGUAACAAUCACAUCAUCCUCUGAUCUACCUCCACCACCACCAUCACAGCCGCCUCCAAUGUUAUCACCUCCACCACCAUCACAGCCGCCUCCAAUGUUAUCACCUCCACCACCGCCGCCUCCAACUCUAUCACUUCCAUUACCGGCAUCACUACCGCCUGUAACACUACCAUCAUUGCCUCCAACAUAUGUGAAAUCGCUACCACCGUCACCACCAGCGUCGCCACCUCCACCAACACCUGAAGAAGAGGAAGACUUGAAACUUUUCCAACUAGCUGCAAAGGUAAACUCAACUCCUCCACCAAAUGCACCACAAAAAAUAGGCUUCCUGUUCCUCACAACAACACCUCUACCAUUAGCACCACUCUGGGAACUCUAUUUUAAUCAAAACAACAACCAAACCAUGAAAAACCUAUUCAACAUCUACAUCCACGCCGAUCCAUCUCAUCCCUACAAUCCACCUUUCUCCGGUCACUUCUUCAACCGAACAAUUCCUUCAUCCAAACCAACCCAACGCGGCUCCCCAUCUCUAAUUGCAUCAGCUCGCCGCUUACUCUCUGAAGCUUUACUCGACGACCCCUCCAAUUCCAGAUUCAUUAUUCUCUCUACUUCAUGCAUUCCGCUUCAUUCUUUCAACUUCACUUACAACAUGCUUUUCCAGACAAACAAGAGCUUCAUCGAAAUCCUCAAAGGCGAACCCAAAGAAUAUGUCCGGUACACUGCUCGUGGUAAUGCUGAUAUAAUGCUACCGGAAAUUCCUUUAGAAGAUUUCCGCAUUGGAUCCCAGUUUUUCAUACUGAAUCGUCACCACGCGAAAUUAGUAGUAAAUGAUGAGAAACUAUGGAGGAAAUUCAAGCUUCCAUGUGUGUUUCCGAAAUAUUGUUACCCAGAAGAACAGUACUUCUCGACGUUGCUGAACAUGGAAGAUUCGAGUUCUUGUAUACCUGCAACACUUACACAUGUGGACUGGUCCAAGCGUUUAGGUUCUCAUCCCUGGACUUAUAGGGAUACCGAAAUUGGAAUGGAACUUAUCGAAUCGUUACGAAAACGGGAGCUCAGGUACGGAAAUGGCGGUGUCGAAAAUCAAACUGAAGCAGCUCGUGUUGAUCCUAAUUAUUCAUUUCUGUUCGCAAGAAAAUUUUCAAGAAAUUGUUUGAAACCGUUGCUGGAUAUUGCUGGUGAUCUCAUUUUGAAAAACUGAUACUGUAAAGUGAUCUUAUACAUGAAGUUUUUCAUGUAAUGAGAAAUGUUGUCAACCUUUUGGGGUGUAUGAAGCUGGCCAAGAGCAAAUGAAUAGAGUCCAAUUCUAUGGGAUGA